AUGUCGCAACCGCACGAUGAAUCGUUACAAUCUUCCAGACCAUCAACGCCAAAGCCUGAACCAACAGACACCGAUCCUGAGAAGGCUGUGCCUAAAGCAAACCUCACAGAACCCGCUCCGAGCCCACCACCAGAUGGUGGCUUGCAAGCAUGGCUCGUAGUUCUAGGAGGCUUCUGCACCGUGUUUGCAAGUUUCGGAUGGAUAAAUUGCAUAGGCAUCUUUCAGAACUACUACCAGACCGACCAGCUUGCGUCGUACUCGCCGAGUACCGUCGCAUGGAUACCAUCUACUGAAACUUUUAUCAUGUUCUUUUGCGGCCCGAUUACUGGCAUUCUAGGAGAUACAUACGGUCCACGCUUUCCUAUCCUGUGA